AUGCUGAAGCCCUACUACGAGCGCAUAGAAGAGGUGACCGCUAUUUGUGCCUCUGCCGCAGGGGACUUUGACAUUUUACCUCUCCCAGAUCUCCUAGAGAAAGAGGGCCAGAAAGAGGACCUGGAAGAGGUUCAGUUAGGUCCUGGAUAUUGGGGUCCGGUCAUGGAGUGGUUCGGCUCAGCAGAUGUGCGCCAGUUACUGCACAAUAAGUUUGUCGCUGUCCUUGGAGACUCCAUUCAGAGAUCCGUCUACAAAGACCUGGUGAAGAUGCUGCAGAAAGACGCGUUUCUCUCUGAAGCCCAGCUGAGAAAAAGGGGGGAGGAGACAUUCGAGAAUGACGCUCUGGUGGAGGGCGGAGUGCGGAAUGGACUGCACAAUGGGACCAGUUUCCGAGAAGUGCGGCAGUACCGGAGCAGCCACCAUCUUGUACGCUUCUACUUUCUGACCCGCAUCUACUCUACUUACCUGGAGAGCGUACUGACGGAUUUCCGAAGGGGCCCCCAGCCCGAUGUGCUGAUAGCAAACUCCUGCGUCUGGGAUCUCAUGAGGUAUGACGACAAACAUAUGGAAUCUUACAAGACCAAUGUGGACAUUCUGUUCCAGCGCCUCAAGGAGGUGCUGAGACCUGAAUGCCUCAUAAUUUGGAACAUGACCAUGCCGGUCGGAUUCAAGUAUAACGAAGUCCCAGAGAACAUGGUACACAACCUGCGGAUGGACAUUGUGGAAGGGAACUUCUUCAGCGCCACUCUGGCAAAUUUGCACAAGCUGGACGUUCUGGACAUGCACUAUCACUUCCGCUGCAACUUGCGUCUCAGAUGCAAGGAUGCCGUCCACUGGAACCAGGUGGCUCAUCGGAAGUACACCCAGAUCCUGCUGACCCACAUCGCACAGGCCUGGGGGGUGGAGGUGCCAAAGGGAAAGAUGCCGGAAGGUUAUAAUAUUCACACUGCGCCUCAUGACUCGGUUGCAUUGAGAAAAGCUCCUCAUCCAAAGCUGCCCCCCAUAAUCCAAGAGCGAUGCAGCCCGGGUAAGAUUCCAUUGCUACCUACUCCCAGCGGGGCAGUUAUGGGAUCACAAUACACUGGGCUGAGGCUGUUGUGUGCUGGGGUCACAAUAUGGGGGCAGCGGCUCAUAGUCCCAUUGCCUGUCUCUGCAGGGACCACAUAUAUACCAGGAUACACAUCUUUUGAUGGUAAUGGCAUUAACGCCAUACCUGGUGUUCUGUGCCCCGAGUUCUACACUGAUGAAAAACUCAUCAAUUCAGAUGCUGCGUCGCCCUUUGUGACCGACAGCCCACUACUGACUGCUAACAUAACCCCUGGCUAUUUCACUACUCCCUCAGGUCCUACGUUCUCCAGUCAUCCAUUUGCUGGAAGGAACUUCCUGGUCCCCAGGUUGCCGCCGCCGCCGCCGUACGCCAGCUUCACCCCCUUUCCCUGCUAUGCCCCGUACCCACAGCAAGACUGGAAUGUGAAGAUCACAUCGAGGAGGGUGCUGAAACCGAGGAGGGGCUGGACCCAUCCAUACCCUCGCCCUCCAGCGUACAUGCCUAGGCUCUACUGACCUCAACCAUCCGGGUACUCGGGGACUGCUGCGGUUCUAUACAGGACCUGGUGUCACAUGACACGUUUGCACUAUACUGCUGUUGUUGCAUUUUUUGCACUUUUUGUUCUAGAGUGAAAGUUUUUAUAGUUUCUUGCUCGGAAGUACUCAGGAUGAUUCAUAGUAUUUGUUGAUAAAGUAUUCACUCCCUGAAAAGCCCCCAAGUUUGUUCACCCUGCUAAUGUUCUAUUACUAUAGGGGUCGCCUUGUUAUAAAAUUGCGGCAAUGAUGAUAUGGUGCAUUGACCUCUCACCCCCUGUCCUGUGUCUCCACAGUAAAGAAAAUAUUCACCCCACCCCCACCUCCCAUGUUGCUGCUGUGGGUGAUAUUUUUGUUAGUUUUUGCACUUUUUUAUGAGUUUGAAGGUCACUAUGUGUCUCUUACUUUUCCCUUCAUAUGUUUGGUCGGUCAUAUAUAUGUGUGUGUGUGGGGUCAGCAGAGUAAAUGGUGGCACCCCUGUGGCCAAGGUAUCCUGUAUGUCGCUGAGUAUGAAGGAGCUGCAACCACCUGAGGUUCCGAGUGCUGCCUUCACACUGUCCUGUUUUUGUAAAAAAAUGUUUUACGUUUUUGCUAUAUUGUUACUUUUAUUGUUCAC